AUGUCAAUAGAAACUCCAACUAGAGGUUUAACUGGUAAAAUUUCGAAUUUAGAUAUGGCUAAAAGUUCUUCUUCUUCAAUAACUGAUAAAUUAGCUGCUGAAGCUCAAGUUAAAGAUGAAGCUCAAAAUUUUGAUAAUUUAAAAAAUGCUACUAGUAUAAAAGAAGAAAAAGUUAAUGAGGAAAAAGUUAAUGAAGAAAAAGUUAAUGAAGAAAAAGCUAAUAAAGAUGAAGUUAAUGAAGACGAAGUUGAACACAAACAAUUUUUAUCAAAACAUAAGGUUCAUAGACAUAAAUUAAAACAAUUGGAAACUGAAGAACCUUUAUUAAGAGAAAAUAAAAGAAGAUAUGUUAUGUUCCCAAUUAGAUAUCAUGAAAUUUGGCAAUUUUAUAAAAAAGCCGAAGCUUCAUUUUGGACUGCUGAAGAAAUUGACCUUAGUAAAGAUUUACAUGAUUGGAAUAAUAGAUUAAAUGAAAAUGAAAAAUACUUUAUCUCAAGAGUUUUAGCAUUUUUUGCUGCUUCUGAUGGUAUUGUUAAUGAAAAUUUAGUUGAAAAUUUUUCUGCGGAAGUUCAAAUACCUGAAGCUAAAUCAUUUUAUGGAUUUCAAAUUAUGAUGGAAAAUAUUCAUUCAGAAACUUAUUCAUUAUUAAUUGAAACUUAUAUCAAAGAUCCAAAAGAAGCUGAUUUCUUAUUUAAUGCUAUUGAAAAUAUUCCAUGUAUUAGAAAAAAAGCAGAAUGGGCAAUUCGUUGGAUUCAAGAUGAUGAAGCGUUAUUUGGUGAAAGAUUAGUUGCAUUUGCUGCUGUUGAAGGUAUAUUCUUUUCAGGUUCUUUUGCUUCUAUAUUUUGGUUGAAAAAAAGAGGUUUAAUGCCUGGUUUAACUUUUUCAAAUGAAUUAAUUUGUAGAGAUGAAGGUUUACAUACUGAUUUUGCAUGUUUAUUAUUUGCACAUUUACAAAAUAGACCAAGUCAGGAAAUUGUUGAAAAAAUUAUUACUGAAGCUGUUGAAAUCGAAAAAGAAUAUUUUACUGAUGCGUUACCAGUUAGUUUAUUAGGUAUGAAUGUUAAAUUAAUGUGUAAAUAUGUUGAAUUUGUUGCUGAUAGAUUAUUAGUUGCUUUAGGUAAUAAGAAAGUUUAUAAUGUUACAAAUCCAUUUGAUUUUAUGGAGAAUAUUUCAUUAGCUGGUAAAACUAAUUUCUUUGAAAAAAGAGUUUCUGAUUAUCAAAAAGCUGGUGUUAUGGCAAAACAAGAAAAUAAAGAUGCAAAUGCAUUUGUAUUUGAUGAAGACUUCUAA